AGCUGAUGCUCAGCGUAAACAGAGGCGUGGGACGCGUUGGUCCCACCAAACGUAGGUCUAAAAGAUAAACCUGAAUGUUUGCAUGAGGAUUAUGCUCUGCGAAAGGAUAUGCUACGAGCUUGCCAUGCCGUGUUUUCCUAAUCAAGUAAAUUGAAACAAGGACAACUACGGGGCCCAGAAAAACCACAUGCCGACCUCCGUAGGAACUUCAGCCACCGCGGACUAUGUGAGAACAAUUUUCGGGAUCCAUGGAGGAGCUGGACCCCGAGGAACAGUUCCUUCGCCAUGCCAGGAAUGGAGACCUCCCUGGUAUUCAGAGACUUCUCUUGUCCACGAUCAAGGAAGAGACUUGCAUCAAUAUCAACUGCAAAGGUAAGAGCAAGUCUAACCUGGGAUGGACUCCUCUUCACCUGGCCUGCUACUUUGGACACAAAGAUGUGGUAGAGGAGUUGCUUAAGGCUGGAGCAGAGGUUAACUUGCCAAAUAAUAUGGGGGACACACCGCUGCACAAAGCUGCCUUCACAGGAAGAAAGGAGGUUGUCAUGCUGCUGCUACGCUUUGAUGCAUGUGCUACUGUCAUCAAUGGGACAGCACAGAUUCCCAAAGAUGUCACUCAAAAUGCGGAGAUCAGAAGCAUGUUAGAAGCGGCCGAGAGAACAGAGGAGAGGAAACUGGAAGAACAACUUUUGGAAGCAGCAAGAGAGGGAGAUCUCCCAACACUAGCACAACUGCUGAACAGAAAGAAGCCGCCAGACAUCAACUGCACUGAUCUCUUAGGUAACACUCCGCUUCACUGCUCCGCCUACCGAGGCCAGAGACAAUGUGCCCAGAAGCUGCUGAAGAGCGGGUCCAACCCAAACAUCAAGAACAAAAAUGGUCAGACGGUGUUUGACCUGGCCAGUGAUUCGUUGAUGAAGCAGGUCUUGGAAGGCAGCGUUACUCGAGGGAUGACACGGCAUGUGAAAAUGUUUGAAGGGCUUCUAUGGAAGAGCUCCAGAUUUUUCGGCUGGCGAUCUUACUGGGUUGUGCUCCAGGAUGGGGUGAUAUCCUGGUAUUAUAAACAGUCAGAUGCAGCCGCCAACACGAGAAGACAAGGUUGUAAAUCCCUGACACAAGCUCAUUGUUUGAUCAGGGCCAGAGAUAACUGCUUCUUUACCCUCAAGUGUUUCGAUGAUAGUGUGCACCACUUUAAAGUAUCGGCCAAAAAUGAUCCGGAGGCAACAAGAAAAGCAUGGCUGGAUGCACUGGAAGAGCACUCCGCUUACAGCACACACUACUGCUCUCAAGAUCAGGGCAGUGAGGAAGAGGAGGAGGAAAUUGUGUCACUCGGGGAACUUACAGAGUCACUACAGUCAGCAGAGGCCAGCCAUAAAAGACUGGAGCAGGAGGUGGCAGCUUUUCUCUUCAUGGUCAAAGACGACGGACUUGCAGAAAGGUUGCCAUCCAAUGUACAACAAAAGAUGGAGGAAGUGUGCGAUUUGUCAAGAGAGGCUUGUGUCAAUCUCAACGUCUGUCUUAGCCUCUUCUCCAGACAGGAAGGGGUGCGCAGUCUGAAAUUGGAGCAGGAGGUAGAGAAGAACAAGAUCCUGUCUGAAGCGCUGCAGACUCUCGCCACGGAGCAUCACGAACUCGAGCAGUCAGUCGUGAGGGGAUCCUCUCCACGGAGCGUGCUCAGCGAGGAUGAGUUCCACGAUGCUGUGUCUGAAUCUGACUCGGAGCAUUCCCUAAGUGGUUUUGAGACGGUGGCCAGCCGCUCCUUUGAGGAGGAAGAGGAAAACUCUGUCCUGUUGAGCAGUGAUCGAAGUAGCCCGACCAGCAUGUUACAAGAGGGUUGUGGCAACGAGGAGGAAGAUGCUCAACCAAAUGGACUCGCCAAGCAUAGGACCCGCUUACCUGCACCUAUGUUCUCAAGAAAUGACUUCAGCAUCUGGAGCAUCUUGAGGAAAUGUAUUGGAAUGGAACUCUCCAAAAUUACAAUGCCGGUCAUCUUUAAUGAGCCCCUCAGCUUCUUGCAGCGUCUGACGGAGUAUAUGGAGCACACGUACCUCAUCCACCGGGCCAACGCCGCCUCAGACUCCAUUGAGAGGAUGAAGUGUGUGGCUGCAUUUGCUGUAUCUGCUGUGGCCUCCCAAUGGGAACGGACUGGCAAACCAUUCAACCCGCUGUUGGGAGAAACCUAUGAACUGGUCAGAGAGGACCUGGGCUUCAGGUUGAUAUCUGAGCAGGUGAGCCACCACCCUCCUGUUAGUGCUUUCCACGCUGAGGGGCUGAAGAAAGACUUUGUGUUUCAUGGGUCUAUCUACCCCAAACUCAAAUUCUGGGGUAAAAGCGUGGAGGCUGAGCCAAGGGGCAUCAUCACAUUGGAGCUACCAAAGUACAAUGAAGCCUACACGUGGACAAACCCUACGUGUUGCGUUCACAAUAUCAUCGUGGGUCAACUUUGGAUUGAGCAGUAUGGUAAUGUGGAGGUGAUUAACCACAAAACGGGUGAAAGGUGUUUCUUGAAUUUCAAACCAUGUGGCCUUUUUGGCAAGGAACUACAUAAAGUUGAAGGGUAUAUUCUGGACAAAAGCAAGAAGAAGCUCUGCGUUCUCUAUGGGAAAUGGACAGAGUGCUUGUACCUAGUAGAUCCCGUCACCUUUGAGGCAUAUAAAAGAAAUGACAAGAAGGGGGCUGAAGAGAAAAAAGGCGGCAAACUGGGAUCUGCUGAGGAACCAGAGGAGAUCCCUAUUCCAGAUGCUGAGACAGUGGAGGCCAUCCCUGGCAGCCAGCUGCUGUGGAGAAUAGCACCCAGACCAGCCAACUCUGCUCAGAUGUACAGCUUUACGUCCUUUGCAAUGCAACUGAAUGAGCUGAAUAAGGAGAUAGAGGAAGUCAUUCCCAAGACAGACUGCAGGCUGAGACCAGAUAUACGAGCCAUGGAGAAUGGUGACAUAGACCUUGCAAGUGAGGAGAAGAAAAGGCUUGAAGAGAAGCAGAGAGCUGCACGCAAGAACCGCUCUAAAUCUGAUGACGAGUGGAAAACAAGGAACGCCGCCCUUGGCUCGAGGUGGUUUCAACAGGGCCAGAACCCCCACAACAACUGUCAGGACUGGCUUUUCUCUGGCGGAUACUGGGACAGGAAUUACACCCAGCUACCUGACAUUUACUAAUAGACAUUUCCUCAGCAAUUAAAUUCCCUCAGAUUGACUUAGUCUGCUAACUGCUCUUUCAUAGAGGUGCAUGCUUUCCACUAUUUUUCUAAACAGACCCAUUAAUUAUGAGCAAUAUGCAAAUAGUGUACUUUAACAGCGAGGCCUUAAUCUGUUAUGACAAUGAUGCGUGUAAAUGUCGAUUAUAGAUAUUUAAUGGUUGCAAAAUGUAAGGGCUUUGACUUUCUUUUGAAAUGUAGUAUUUGCAUUUGCAUUUUCUGUUCAUCAUAUGCUUUUAGUCUGGUACAAUGGGGCGUUAAGUCACUCAAGUAUAGUUGAUGGACAGGGUUUUAUUGUUUUAUUGUGUCUGGUUUUUAAAUGUUCACAGUUAUGUUGUAUUUCUUAAUGAUGUACUUAUGUCCUCUUGCAAAAUAUGUAAACUCCACCCUCCAGUUCCCUCAUUUACAUUAGCUACAGUUAGGUCCAUAAGUAUUUGUACAGUGACACAAUAUUUGUAAUUUUGCCCCUGUACACCACCACAGUGGAUUUGAAAUGAAGUAGCCAAUAUGUGAUUGAAGUGUGGACUUUCAGCUUUAAUUUAAGGAGUUGGACAAAAAUAUUGCAUUAACCGUUCAGGAAUUACAGCCAGUUUUAUAUAUCGUCACCCCAUUUUCAAAGGAUCAAAAGUAAUUGGACACUUGACUAACGAGUGGUUUCAUGGGCAAGUAAGACCUUUUCCAUCAUUAUUUCAUGACAAAUUAAGCAGAUAAAAAGUCUGGAGUUCAUUCCAAGUAUUUGCAUUUGGUAGCUGUUCAUCAGAACUCUCAACAUGAAGUCCAUAGAGGUGCCAAUACAAGUGAUGGAGGCCAUCAUUAGGCUGAAAAGCAAAGGAGCUCUAUCAGAUGGAUAGUAAACACGUCAGGAGUGGCCAAAUUAACAUUUUGGUACAUUCUUAGAAAGAAAGAAUGCACUGGCAAGCUCAGCAACACCAAAAGGUUUGGAAGACCACGGAGCACAUCUACAGUGGAUGAUGGCAGAAUUCUUUCCCUAGUGAAGACAAACACAUUCACAACAUCUAGUGAAGUCAAACACACUCUUGAGAGGUAGGGGUAUCAUUGUCCAAGUCUACAAUCAAGAGACGCCUGCAUGAAAAUAAAUACAGAGGGUUUACGACAAGGUGAAAACCACUGGUGUCACUUAAGAACAGGAAGGCCAGAUAAGACUGUGUUUAAAAACAUCUGAAAACCUACCCAGUUCUGGAACAAGGUUCUUUGGACAGAUGAAGCAAUGAUUAACUUGUACCAGAAGGAUGGGAAGAGGGAAAGUGUGGAGAACAAAAGGAACAGCUCAUGAUUCUCAGCAUACCACAUCAUCUGUCAGACAUGGCGGAGAUAGUGUUAUGAAAUGGGCAUGUAUGGUUGCCAGUGGAACUUGGUCAUUGGUGUUUAUUGAUGAUGUGACUACUGACAGAAGUAGCAGGAUGGAUUGUGAUGUUUAUAAGGAUAUACCAUUUGCUCGGAUUUAGCCAAAUGUCACAACACUGAGAGGAUGGCGCUUCACACUGCAGAUGGAUAAUGACACAAAACAAGCUGAGAAAGCAACCCAGGAGUCUCUCAAGGCAGAAAAGUGGAAUAUUCAUCAGUGACCAAGUCAGUCACCUGACCUCAACCCAAGUGAGCAUGCUUUUCACUCGCUGAAGAUCAAACUAAUGGCCAAAAGACCCACAAACAACCAGCAACUGAAGGCAGCUGCCAUUAAGUCUUGGCAGAGCAUUUCAAAGGAGGAAACCCAGAAUUUGAAGCUGUCAAUGGUUUCCAGACUUCAGACAGUCAUUGACUGCAAAGGAUUUUCCUCCAAACAUUAAAUAUAAUUGUUAUAAUCCUACUUAUGUUUGUUUGUCCAAUUACUUUUGAGCCUCUGAAAAUGGGGUGACCCUGUAUAUCCAUGGCUGUAAUUCCUGAACAGUUAAUGCCAUA